ACACACACACACAAGAGAGGGAGAGACAGUGAUUGUGUGCACAUCUGUGUUACAAGACUCUUGUUCUACCUGCUUCAAGAAAGCGAGACUUUGGCUUCAUGAUUGUGUAUAAAAUUCCUUUGGUGCGCUCUUGCACUGGGAACAGGGACGGCUUUCCUGUCAUUCAGGAUACACACUCACACAGUGCUCCGGACACCGUGCCUGUGGGACCUCACUGUGGGAAACUUAUGAGGGGGAGUGUUUAGAGCCGGAGCAGCAGCCUGAGCUCGUGGGACAGGACACGAGUACCGAGCAGAAGUGGAUGUUUGAUGUUUUAAUCUUCCUCCUCUCUCUAUCUGGAAUGGGAAAUGGUUGCAGCGCGAAGUGGAUUUAAACCUGAUACAGCUCUAUGAGGACUUUAACUCAAGUAGAUGUGUAUGUCAGCAAGUGGACUCUCAAGCAAAGUUUGCGAUAAACAGAGUUUGACUCCACAAACUUGGCCCGCUGUUUAUCUUUGCCGGUACAACUUCAAGAGGACCUGCGUGUGGAUCUCUUUCGGUUUCUGAGUGUGGGGAUCAUCACCAUGGCUGGAAUUUCAAGGAAAGGGUCUGGAAGACCGUCCUACUACUACAGAUUCCUGGGCAAAUCCCGACUGCAGCGUCAGCGAAGCCGGUCCCGCAGCCGCACCAGGCCGUCAGCCAACAGGGAGUCUCCUCCGGAGAGGACAGGACGCCGCCGCAGCAUGCCGGGGUCCGCAGACAAGGCCACGCCCACCAUGGAGCCCACGUCCACCGCCGCCACGCCGUUCCGAGUCACCGUGAGUACUGGCUUUUUGAGUCGACGGCUGAAAGGCUCCAUAAAACGCACCAAGAGUCAGCCCAAACUUGACCGUAACUCCAGCUUCAGGAACAUCCUGCCCGGCUUCAGGAGCGUCGACAAUGACAGAUCUCAACUGAUGCCAAGGCUGAAGGAGUCUCGCUCCCAUGAGUCACUGCUCAGCCCCAGUAGCGCUGUGGAAGCCCUGGACCUAAGUAUGGAGGACGAGGUUAUCAUCAAGCCCGUGCACAGCAGCAUCCUCGGGCAGGACUACUGCUUUGAGGUCACCACCUCCACGGGAAGCAAGUGUUUCUCCUGUCGUUCAUCAGCCGAAAGAGACAAAUGGAUGGAGAAUCUGAGGCGAGCGGUGCAGCCGAACAAGGACAACAGUCGCCGGGUGGAAAACAUGCUGAGGCUGUGGAUCAUCGAAGCCAAGGACCUGCCGGCCAAAAAGAAAUACUUCUGCGAGCUGUGCCUGGACGACUCCCUCUACGCCCGCACCACCUGUAAGCUCAAGAGCGACAAUGUGUUCUGGGGAGAGCACUUCGAGUUCAGCAACCUGCCGGCCGUCCGGAGCAUCACGGUGCACCUCUACAAAGACACGGACAAGAAGAAGAAGAAAGACAAGAACAACUACAUCGGACUGGUCAGCAUCCCCGUCGCCGCCGUCACCGGGCGGCAGUUCGUGGAGAAGUGGUACCCGGUCAGCACGCCCAACCCGCCCAAGGGCAAGACGUCCGGGCCCAUGAUCAGAAUCAAGGCGCGCUAUCAGAGCAUGAACAUCCUUCCCAUGGAAAUGUACAAGGAGUUUGCAGAGUACACCACGAACAACUACAUGCUGCUGUGCUCGGUGCUGGAGCCCGGGAUCAGCGUCAAGAACAAGGAGGAGAUGGCCUGCGCUCUCGUCCAUAUUCUGCAGAGUACCGGCAAGGCAAAGGACUUCCUCACGGACUUGAUGAUGUCUGAGGUGGACCGCUGCGGGGAGAACGAGCACCUCAUCUUCAGAGAAAACACUCUGGCCACCAAGGCCAUCGAGGAAUACCUCAAACUGGUGGGACAGAAGUACCUGCAGGACGCCCUCGGGGAGUUCAUCAAGGCUUUAUACGAGUCAGAUGAGAACUGUGAAGUGGAUCCAUCCAAGUGUUCAUCGGGUGAUCUGCCGGAGCACCAGAGCAACCUGAAGAUGUGCUGCGAGCUGGCCUUCUGCAAAAUCAUCAAUUCAUACUGUGUUUUCCCACGGGAGCUGAAGGAGGUGUUUGCAUCGUGGCGGCAGGAAUGCAGCAACCGGGGUCGACCCGACAUCAGCGAGCGUCUGAUCAGCGCCUCGCUCUUCCUGCGCUUCCUGUGUCCGGCCAUCAUGUCCCCGUCGCUCUUCAACCUGAUGCAGGAGUACCCCGACGACCGCACGGCGCGCACGCUCACGCUCAUCGCCAAAGUCACGCAGAACCUGGCCAACUUCACCAAAUUCGGCAACAAGGAGGAAUACAUGUCCUUCAUGAAUCAGUUCCUGGAGCACGAAUGGACCAAUAUGCAGCGCUUCUUACUGGAAAUAUCGAACCCAGAGACAAUCUCCAACACGGCAGGCUUCGAGGGGUACAUCGACCUGGGCAGGGAGCUGUCGACGCUGCACUCGCUCCUCUCGGAGGUGGUCUCCCAGAUGGACCAGAGUGCCGCUUCCAAGCUGGGUCCUCUGCCCAGGAUCCUGCGGGAGGUGAACUCGGCCCUGUCCAACCCGUCCAGCGUCCAGAUGUCCGGACAGGCGUCCGAGCCGAUGGGGUCGCCGCCCGCCGAGGCGAGCUGCAGCAUCUCCAGCGGCCUGCAGAGGAUCAGCAUCGACAACGACCUCCCAGGACUGGUGGACUUCACCAGGCUACCGUCGCCCACCCCAGAAAAUAAGGACCUGUUCUUUGUGACGAGGAGCUCAGGGAUCCAGCCUUCCCCCGCACGCAGUUCCAGCUACUCCGAGACCAACGAGCCCGACCUGGGCAUGGCCAACGGCAGCAAGAGCCUGUCCAUGGUGGACCUCCAGGACCCCCGCAGUCUGGAGGGGGUCGCAGGUCCCGGCACCUCGGAGGCUCUGGGCGAAGGCCUGGCCUCCGGGGUGGGCUGGUCGGCACGGGCCCCGCAGAGCAACAUCCCCGGAGGCCCCACCCUGAGGAGGCCGGGCCAGACGCCCACCACCCCGGGCACGGAGGGCGCCCCCGGCCGACCCGCCCAGCUGCUGGCCCCGCUGUCCUUCCAGAACCCCGUCUACCAGAUGGCGGCCUGCCUGCCGGUCUCCCCCCGCGGGAUGAACGACUCGGGCUCGGAGUGCCACAGCUCCGUCAGCUCGCACAGCAACAACGAGGACGGGCCGCCGGGCGGGAAGCCGUCCUUCUUGAACCACGGCGCAGGGGGCGGGGGCGGCGGCGGCGGGGGGAGCAGCGGGGACGAGUACACCCGGCGUUCGGGGGAGUUCAACCGCCGGCAGCUCUCUCUGACGGAGACGCAGCACCAGCCCACCGUGCCCCGGCAGAACAGCGCCGGCCCCCAGCGGAGGAUAGACCAGCCCCCGCCUCAGAGCAUCACGCGGGGCCGCACCCCCCCCAACCUGCUCAACAGCGGGCCGUACCCGCGGCCCUCCUCCGGCAGCAUGAUGACGUCGUCCCCGGACUGGCCCGGCAGCGGCGCCCGGCUACGGCAGCAGUCCUCGUCCUCCAAGGGAGACAGUCCUGAGACCAAGCAGAGGGCUCAGCACAAGCAGGCCCCCUCCCCAGUGAACCCCAGUGCGCUGGACCGCACAGCAGCCUGGCUUUUGAAUAUGAAUGUGCAGUUUUUAGACCAUGAGGGGAUGGAGCCCGAGUCACUGAGAAACAGAGAGGAUCUAACUCAGGUGGAGAAGUACCAGCAGGAGAUCGCGGUGCUGCAGGAGAAGCUGCGGGCGUCGGUGCAGAAGCUGGAGGAGUACGAGGCCCGCCUGAAGGGGCAGGACGAGCAGGCGCAGAAGGUCCUGAUGGAGUACCAGGCCCGGCUGGAGGAGUCGGAGGAGCGACUGCGCCGGCAGCAGGACGACAAGGACCUCCAGAUGAAGAGCAUCAUCAGCAGGUUAAUGUCGGUGGAAGAAGAGCUGAAGAAGGACCAUUCGGACAUGCAGGCCGUGGUCGACUCCAAACAGAAGAUCAUCGACGCACAGGAGAAGCGCAUCGCGUCGCUGGACGCCGCCAACGCCCGCCUGAUGAGCGCCCUCACCCAGCUGAAGGAGCGCUACAGCAUGCAGACGCGCAACGGCAUCUCGCCCACCAACCCCACCAAGCUGCAGAUCACAGAGAACGGAGAGUUCAGGAACAGCAGCAACUGUUAGACGGACGGAGCGGAGUCUGCCUCCAGCCUGCUUGUGUGUGUGUGUGUGUGUGUGUGUGUGUGUGCGCGCGCGAGCGAGUGUAUGUGUGUGUGUACGGUUCCACAGAGAGAGGACGUCUACGUGCAUGCGUGGAUGCAUGCCCGACAGAAAGACUGCAGGACUGCGCGAGAGAGCGUGGACUUCUGGGAAUGCAUGUCCACACUGUGGAGCCGGUAUGGGAGCGAGGACAUGGCUCUGGGGGAGGGGGGGAGGGGGGGGAAGGGGGAAGCAGCCGGACAGAAAAGGGAAUGUGCAACGUGACGGACAGGAAACCAAGAGAACAGGAUCACCAGAUGGCCUUCAUUCACGAGGGGUGGCAGCCGCAGGAGGCGGGGCGAAGCCUGUACAUAUGAAACUCCGAGCUGUCAAACACUUUGAUCGGGGGCGACUUGACACCCCCAACCCCCCCCACCCACCCACCCACCCCUCCCUUCUGCCCACGCCUGGGACAAACCACUAUAUAACCACACACAGUGACGACCACCGGUCGCCCUCUCAAUCCCUCUCCUCCUCUUUCCUUCCUCCUCGCCCCGAAAUCCGUGAGGAUUCUCACUUUACUGGCCCUGAGCGGCUCCCUUUUCCUCCUCGUGCUUUAUUUUGAAGAACCAAAUAGGAGCUAAAGAGUUUUAACAGAAACAAAACUGAUAUUUUUUUCGUCCAAAACAAUCUUUAUUCCCCUCCUUCUUACCCCCGGGUGUGUUCCUGAGCAUCACGCUGUCCCCCGUCCCUCCCUACCCCCCACCAGCCCCAUCCGAUCCUUCAGGUGGAUUAACGCCCUGCAAAAACAGAGAGAUUCAUACCUUUUCUGGAUGUGGCGAGAAAAAUAAAAAAGUUAUCUCUGCUCAGGACUUUAAAUACCGAACAAAAGAAAGUCUAAGUGCAGAAUUCAUCACGCUAACCACUUCAUCUCUCUGACCAAUCACAGCACAGCGCCGGGACGGUGACGUGUGUCGUUCGAGCUGCGAGCGAAGGAGGAUUUCUCUGUUCUUGCGGCGUUUGCCACUUUACGUAGUGCACUUUGUGAGAAGCUAUUGGUACAUGAAACGCCUUAAAUAAGGAACACACCUCGACUUGACCCCGCAGCUCCCCCGUUUCUGCAAAAAAGAAAAAAAGAAAGGCACAACUUAUACUGUGGAUUUGUAAAGAAGACAAAAAUAAACUCUUAAAUGUAUUAUAAACGCUAAGAUAAAUGAAUUCUAUGUGAUACUAUAUUAAAAUUUAAUAUAGAUGUAUGCAGUUUUUUUGUUCUUCUAUAGAGUAUAUACACAUAUACCUAUAUUUGAUAAUGUCAAAUAUAAAAGCAGCCCUUUAUUUAGGAGAUCUAGUUUUAUUUUUCUUCUCUGACGAUGAAAGACUGUAGUGUGUAGCGAGCUUUCGAGCCCCGGAGGAGGAGACGCCGCGCUGAGCAGUGAUCAGGACCGUCGCUUCGCUCCGUCUUCACGUCGUCUCAAACCUUCACAAAAAAAAACCCAAAAAGCUUAGUUUAUAGAAAAAACACAAUUCAAAACUCUGCAAAGCUGUCAAAGUUCUAAAAAAAACUGAGGCACAAAUAAGUCAGUAGUCUGAGAAAAAAAAGUCUUAAUUCUGAGGAAAAAAAAUUAGUGAUUAGAGUAAGAAAGUCAUUUCUGGAAAAAAAAAGUCAGUAAAAGAAAGUCAAUUUUGACGAAGAAAGUCAGGAAUCUAGGAUGACAAGUAAUCAUGAGGAAAAAAAAUCAGUAAUCUGAGAAAGAAAAGUCAUGACUCUGAGGAAAAAGCUGAUCUAGAGAAAACAAGUCACAGUUCUCAGGAGAAAAGUCAGCAAUCUGAGGAAAAAGUCAUAAUUGUCAGAAAAAACGUCAGUAAUCUAAAAGACUGAAGAAAAUGUUUUAAUUCUGAGGUGAAAAUAUCGAAUUCUGGGGUGGACAAUAAAUUCUGCAAAGAAGUUAGAAAAAUUGUCCAAACAAAACAUCUGGACGCUGAGUGUAAAAAUGAAUUAUUGUCAAAAUUCUGACAAAAGGCAUAAAGUGGAAAAGCGCAGGUUUCAGUGUAAAAACUGUCCCUGGUCCUUUUCCGUGGGGAAACGGUCUCGCCGAUCCCUUCUUCCUGUCGUGGCCUUCACUCGCCGAAGGUUCUGGGUUCUGGAGGUUCUCCUCACUGCUCAGGCGAUCCGGGUCCCUCUCAGCCGAUCUGUGCCGGGCUCCUCGGUCCUGCAGGAUCCAGUCUCCAGUUGCACAAGAGCUGUUGAGAGACGCGUUCAGAAUCGCUCGCUCAGACGAAACACUGGACCGGGGCGCCGUCCUGUACGACGGCGUGCAACACUUCCUCUCUAACCGCUUUACUCGUCCGUGGUAAUGAAGUAUGCUGCAUCCAAACUGUGACUCUGUUGUUCCUUGUGGCAUCACCGCUCUCUCUCUUUUUUUCUUCUUCCUUUCUUCGUCUUACCUCUUGCCGCCUUCAUCCCUUCUUCUUCUUCUGAAUGUGAAGACUCACAGUUGGUCUUAACGUGGGCUUCGGUCCCUCGGAUCCCUCCCACCUUCCCUCCCUUUUCUAUAUUUUUUGUAUUCAUUUUUCUGACAUGCAUCAAACUAUAUCCAUCGGUGUGAGGCUCCGCAUGCUUCAUCCUCGCUCUCGAGCCAAUGGUAGCGUUGGUGUCUCCAUUCGUUUUCUUUGGUUGCCGGUUGGACAGUGAAGAUGAAGACGAUGAUGAUGAUGGUGGCGAAUGGCUUGCUGCAGGCGCAACGUGAAUAUAUGAUAAGUGAGUGUGUGGAGAGGGCCUGGCAGUCUGGGAAAGUGUAAAUAAAAUGCUCACACUAUUUUUACCUGAUGUUAACAGAGCUUUUUGUAAAUGUAUCUCGUGCUCAAACUCUGCUGUAUCAUUCUGGAUAUUGUAAAUACAAGAUAGCGCAGUCCGUCAUCUGUCCUCAUUGGGUAGAACUAUACAGUUAAAUUAACCUUUCAGUGUUCUCUCUGUUGUUAUUUUUGUUUUGUUUUGUUUUUUUUUUUUUUUUUGUAUUUAGAAAGUAAUUCUCACUAGCCAAAAACUGAUUACGCUAAGUAGGAGUUGGACUCUUGGGAUGUCCGCCUCACAGGCUUUCAGGCCGAGCUGAGUCCAGUCUGGAUGAGAUUCACAAGCACAACCCUGUAUUUCUCAUCGGUCUAGCUCUAUGCACUUUUACGUUCAGUGGUCGGUGUUUUUGAUUAGCUUUUUUUUUAAAAAAAAAAAAAAUUCAUUUUGUUUGUUGAUGCAGCACAGCACCUCUUUCAAGGUGUUAAAAACUGUGGCAAAGUUCAAACCCCAGAAAAGACAUUUUUUUGAUAUGAAAAGAUUUCUAUCUGAUCAGCUUAAGACGUUUCUUUUACCUGUUUGAACAGUAAGAAAAAUCACUGUAAAAAAUACACGAGCGUUACUUCUGUGAUCGUCACGUCCCUCCGAGUGUCCUCAAACUGCACAUCCACAUCAAAAAAAAAAGCAAGACUACGUCACUUCUGACUUGGUUCAUCUUACAAA